AUAGUUACACUGUAAACCUCUAUCAUACAAGCGCCAUUUGACGGUUAACUUGGGUGCUGUUCAGUUAGAAAUUUCAUAUCACUUGUCUAUGUUUAAUAACAUUGUGUGGGUGUGUGUAAAACAUAUGCUUGGACAUAACUAUUUCAAGUUAUUUCAGAUUGUAAAAUCUUGUUUGUUGAAAGUGAAUUAACAAAAUGGCGACAUCUGGAAUUUCUAGAAAUUCUGAUGUGGUUAUGUAUUAUUGUUGUACAAUCUGCAAAACAGAGCGGUCUGUAGAAAUAGAUGCAGAUUUUUACUGUGAAAGAUGUCUUAAAUACUUCUGCAGAACAUGUAUAAACUCCCACAGACAGCAUGGUUGGUGGUUUUAUAAAAAAUCUCCUUAUGGAAAGGAUAAAAUAAGGAAGUGGCCACUUUCUAAGAAGAUGGAGACUUCUCUUUUAAUAUGCAUCAUACACAAGCGUGAAAAGUUAACAAUGUUCUGCCUGGACCACAAUCGUCUGUGCUGCUCUGAAUGUGUUGAGCUUUAUCACAGACUAUGCGUACAAGUAACUCCAUUACCUCAGGCUGCCAGACGGAAGUCAACCAACUUUGAGAACCUGUCUGUCAGCACGGAAAAUACUCUUUCACAACUGAAACAAUGUCAGACGUAUCAGGAGGACAGAAUCAAGUCUCUUAAGGUUUCAUACAAAGAACAUGAGAGGCUUAUUGUGGAUGGUUUGCGUGUGAAUAUAGUAUCGUAUUUACACGAAUGUGAAACCAGCACAGUUAAUACAACACAUAAACAUAUGCAAUACCCAAUCAGUGAAAUGCGUGAGGGAAUCAAAUAUUUAUUAGCAGAUUUUGAGAAAAGCACUAUUAAGGAGAAGAAAGAAGAGCUAAACCUGAAACAAACUCCUCUCAAUGUUGUGAGAAACAGCUGCAUUAGACUUCACUAUGAAUUGUUCCAUCUUCAUGUAGCCAUACCGAGAGUACUGGGUAAACCUGAACUCUCUUUUAUUGCCAGUAAAAAAUGUCUGGAAAAUAUGCAACAAUCUGAUAUAUUUAUAAAAGAGAACUUUUCAAACAUGCAGUUUGUAAACAAAAUGGCGACACAGUCUGAUAGAGUUUUCUUCUUCUGUUGUUUAUCAUGCAUGAAAAACAAGAAUAUCGAAGAAUAUGCAGUGUAUUACUGUGAAAAAUGUCAACAGUGUUUUUGUAGACAGUGCUGUGAGCUACAUCAUGACUAUUUGUUUAGUGAACAUGUAAAGUAUAACCGACUAAAUAUGAGGAACUGGCCAGUCUCAAAGUAUUUGGAGGCUUUUAUACUAAUGUGUGAAAUACACACUCAUAAACAACUAGAGACGUUCUGCAAAGAUCACAGUCAGCUGUGCUGCUCAAAAUGUGUUUCCUUAAGUCACAGAAAAUGCAAAAUAGUAACACUUAACUCAGCCAAGAAGCAGGCAGCAGAAGUACAAGAACUGUUUGAGAAGCUCCUGAUCAAUAUGAGAAAACUGAGGAAACUGCAGAGUUGCUGUGAGUCUGGAAUCCAGGAUCUGAAGAGUUCAUACCAGGGGCAAGAACGCAUGGUACACAAAAUGAACGACAAAAUUAAAUCCACUAUGGCCAAAAUUGUGAGGAGAACUUUAAAGAAAAUACCUAAAGUUGAGCAAAACAAAAACCAUGAAUUAAUGCAUUCCACUUUGUUUCAUAUAGAAAAUAUUACUUUAAAUGAAGCAAAAAUUACACUAUCAAGUCUUGAAGAUUCUCUCAAGACUGGCGUUGAAACCUGCAUCCGUCAUCAUCAUGAAUUAAAAGCACUCCAUGAACUCCUUCUAUACAGCAGGGACAACAACAACGAGAACCUCUGUAUUAUAGCUAGUCGAAAAUGCAUUGACAAAAUACAACAAGUUGAAUCAUACCUGGAUGAGAACAGUGUUAAACUUGAAUGUUCGGUAUUACAACAGACUAUACAAGGCACUGAGCAGUACAUUGUCAGAUUGUCAGGUCUGGGGAGGCUGGAAGAGAGUAUGAAAGCUCACACUGACAUUGAACAGUACUUGUCUAAACUGUCAGGUCUUGUGAGAGUUGUAGGUCCUAACUAUGUGUUUACUGUCCGGGAAAGUCUGAGCACACUGUGAGAAUACCAAGUGAUUCAAAAUCAUGCUCUAUCACAGCCAUCUGUGUUUUCCCAGAUGGGCAAGUGCUUCUUGCAGACAGAAAUAAUAAGAAGGUCAAGCUGCUGAACCAGCAGUACCAUGCGGUGAGCCACUUGGAUGUGAGGGCUGAGUCACAGGACAUUUGUCAGAUCACACCCAGAGAGGUUGCAGUGGCUGUGAAUAAGACUAAGAGUCCCAAACAUGAGGUCCAGUUUAUCACAGUCAUCCAGGGCCAACUCGCUCUUGGCAAGAUGUUUCAGUUACAACAUGAAUGUACAGGUAUUGCCCACAACCAGGGUGACCUAUAUAUCAGCUCUGGUACUGCUCUGUACAAGUUCACAUUGAGUGGCCAGCUGGUCUGCAGACUUUAUAAAGAUACAUCAGCUGAUG